CCGCUCUGUUCCCUUCCCGGCCACUUGCUCCUGGCUUUUCCGCUCCGGCCAGCAGCCCCCGUUCUUGGCAAGCAGUGCCUCAGUGUGGACCACAGCAUGGAGGUCUUCCUGGCCGCCCGAGCCCUCGGGGAGGAAUCCCUCCAGAUGUGGGACCUCAACAAGCGCCUGGAAGCCUACUUGGCCCGGGUCAAGUUCCUGGAAGAGGAGAACGAGCUGCUGAGAGCGGAGAUCCAGAGCGCCAAGGACAGCCCGGUGGAGAGCUCCUGGCGGGGCAAGUAUGAGGAGGAGCUGAGCACCUUGAGGGCGACCUUGGACGACGCCUUCAGAGAGAAGCACGCGGCGGAGCUGGCCAGGGACAACCUGUCGGAGGAGAUCGAGCACGUGAAGACCCGCUGCCAGAAGGAGCGGGCGGCCCAGGAAGAAGCCAAACGGCAGCUGGCCCUGAGCAAGAAGGAGCUGGAGGAGGAGAGACGGGCUCAGAUCUGGCUGAGGGAGAAGGCCGCCCAGCUGGAGAAAGAAGUGGAGGUGCUGGUGGAAGUUCACGAGGAGGAGAAAGCCGGGCUGGAGCAGGAGCUGGCGAGCUUCUCCCAGAGCCUGGAGAGCUUCCGCGCCGUGCCGGUGGCUUUCCAGCCCGUGGAGGUGGAGGACUAUUCCAAGAGGCUCUCGGAGAUCUGGAGAGGAGCAGUGGAGACCUACAAGAGCGAGGUCUCCCAGCUGGAGAGCUCCUUCUGCCAGGCCAAGGAGAACCUCUGGAAGGCGGUGGAAGGCAACCGGCAGAACCAGCUGCAGUUGCAGCAACUGGAGAAGGAGCUGGCUGGGCUGAAAGCUCGGAAGGGGAUGCUGGAAGAGAACCUCUCCAGGCAGUGGCAGGACCAGAGAGGGGAGGCUGAGAAGUGCCAGCUGGCCCUGGAGUCUCUGGAGCAGGAGAAAGAGGCCCUGAGAGUCCAGAUUGCUCACGUCCUGGAGGAGAGACAGCAGCUCAUGCACCUGAAGAUGUCCCUCAGCCUGGAGGUGGCAACGUACAGGACGCUCCUGGAAGCGGAGAGCAGCAGGCUGCAGAUGCCUCCAGCAGAGUACAAACUGGCCAAUGGCUUCAGAGAUGCCAAGCUGGAAGUGAGUACCAGCAAACUCCAAGCCAUGACGCCGGAGAGCAGGAGACUGGUUUCCUGGGACCACAGACUGAGCCCCACCACCUUCCAGAAGGGAGAGAGCAAGGCACCGCUAUCAAGAAACCCAAACGAUUCCCCCCAGCUACGAGCUGCCGCCGGGCUGACCAAGAGCGACGGCCCCGCUGCUAAAGAGUUCCAGAAAAUAAACUCCGUCCUUCAGUCCCCGCUCCUGAAAAGCUCCCAUGCUGUGAGGGAUACCACGGCCCCUGGCAACUCAAUCCCCAACCUGCAGGACUCAUCUCACCCUGAAGAGGCGAUCGCAGCUGCUGAAGUAAAGAGAGUGGCCAACUCUUUCUCCCAGGAGCCAUUGGAGAGGCUGGACUCCAUGCGCUCCGCGGUGACGGAGCCACAGCCGCUGGGAGGGUCCGAUUCAGACACGGAAGGCAGGAGCCCGGGAGCAGAAGGUGGGAAUCCAGCUGCGAGCCAGGUGGGAAUAGCAGAGAUUGAUCAGGAAGAUGAAUGUCAGGAGGAAGCCGGGAAAGAGGUUGAGAAAGAUCCCAGUGAAGAACCACCUGGCAAGCUGGCUCCCAAGAAUUCACUUUGUCCUGGCCAGGUGGUCAAUGAAGCCUUGGAGGAUGCACUGAAGGAAGUAAUAGAUCGCUCCGACUCCAGCUGUCCUGAAGUAGCUAGGGCCCCGAAUGACGUGCAUUCUUAUGACAUGAGUCGCCUGGAAGAGGCUUCCGGGCUAGCUGCUUCUCCUGGCACGGUGGGAUUGGAAGAAGGACAGGCGACUGAGCAUGUCAGCCAGAUAGAAGCCAGUCAUCCAGCAGAGCAGCUCGAGGUAGCCAAGGGCUCUGCGCCCACAGAUGAAAUGGAAGGUGGCCUAGAGGACAAUUUUGAAGAGGCGGCCAGUGAAGCAGACCUGCAGAAGUUCCCGGCUGUGAAAAGCUCCUCUCAGCAGGACGGAGACGGGUCUCAGUCAAGUCCUUCCAUCAUGCAGAGUGAAGCAAGGAUCCCUGACAAUCUAGCCACCAAGGGAAGGCCUGAAAUAGAGACCCAGGAAGAAGUCAGCUUUUGGGAGCAGCAUGAGAGUGAAAAAGAGGAGACAUCAAGAUCACAGAGCACAGAGAUGCAUGGGGAGCCAGCCGCGGUUUGCAACGGCACGGAGCCGGGAAGCCCAUUAAAUGAAGGCGACAACCUCGCUGUUGCAGAAGGGAAUUUGGAAGAGCCUGACCGAGGAGAAGAAGACCUGGAGGGGGGGAGCCUAGCCGCGUGGCAUCCGUCAGAAGACGAGGAAAGGCGAGAACUCUGGAACCUUUCUGGAGAGACGGAAGAAUGCAACUUCCAAGCAGAGAGGCAGGGAAGUGAGUUUCUGCACACGGAAAUACAAGUGACUCAAGCUUUUCCCAUGGAAAGUCAACCGACUUUGGUCGUGGAAAGCCACCAAGAACAACAUCGUGGUGGAGCUGAGCAGGACAAGUUUGAGGAGGAGGAAAUGUUGCUUCCCGAGGCUGAGGCAGCAGUAGGAGAGGAGGAGAGGAAAGAUCGGAGCCUCAAAGAGGCCAUCCUUGGGGAUGAGAUGAUGUCAAAGGCUGAAGAAAACAUCCUAGUGGAUGAGACCAUGGACAGAAGAGAGGACAGUGAAGGACACAAAGGAAAGCUGGACGUGGAAACUAUGGGAUACGAGGAUCUCAGCGCAGAUGAGAACACCCUGAGAGAUGAGAACUUAAAGCAGGAGAAGGAUACCUUGGAGGACGAGGAUGGGGAUCUGGAAGAGAAUGGCUUUGAGCAAGACAUUAUGCUGAUGGAUGAGGAUCUGGAGAAUGGUCAGAGACCGGAGUCCCUGGGCAAAGAGGAAAGAGUAGAAGAGGAGGACUAUCAAAGCCAACUGCCGAAGGCACAGGAAGGGGAGGGUCCGGAAGAUGGGGUGGGACAUCCAGAGAUAGAGGAAACAGCUGACAUCGCUCUGCAAGAGCCAGCAUGGACGGACACUUUAAUGACCAGCACUGGAGAAACAGAAAGUGAAGGGGAGCAGAUAAAGGGCAGUUUGGGUACAGAGAUGGAAGAAACAAUGGAAGAUGAUGAUGCCGGUCACUUUAUAGGCAGUGCGCAUCCGAUGCUAGACAGCAAAGCAGAGCAGGAGACCAGUCCUGGCACGGAGCUGAUGGAAGAAGACCAGGACAGCAGUGAAAUAGAGCCAGAGGACAUCCAGAGCCAAUCUACUUUGCAGCUUGGAGACUCCCCGGGCCAUGAAACCAAUGAUGAGCAGACCAAGGUGCUGGAGGAGGCUUGGGAGAUGAAGGUGAAGGUAGAUGAUGGGGGGGUCGUGGAGGGAGAACUCCGUGAAGAACCUGAAAGGCCAGAGAACAUAAACGUGGCUUCCAAGGCACCAGACGGCUCUUCGGAAUCUGAGGACUCCCUGGAAGAUGUCUCCCCUAAUGCCUCCCAGACAGCAGAAGGGAUGGAGGAGGAAUUGGAAAGUGGCAAGAGGAUUAUGUUGGAGGAAACGCUGCCAGACAGCACACCCCUGCGCUUCUAUGAAAAGGAGAUGCUGGACGAAGCCACGGCCAAUCAACAGCCUCCAGUAAGUGAUGCUGGUGGAGAUGCAUCGCCAGCCCCCGAAAGCCCUGAGGUUCCUCCAGAGGAUGAAGGACAGUUAGAGGGCAGGGCCACACCCACAAGCUCCCAAGAGGAGGAAAGCCACGAGGAGGAUGCAUCUGACACGGCGUUGGCAGGCACACCAGAGAGGGCAGCGGUAGAAGGUUAUUUCAUGGUUUCGGCACCCGCCCAAAAGACACCCCGUUUGGAGGAAGCCGAGGUUCUGGAGGACUUUGAAGAAAGCGAUGUCGGAACCUCGAAUCUGCCCGGAGCAGAUCCAAAAAUGCACCCGGCGCUGUCUGAAAGGCCAAGGGAGGAACGGCUCUUCGCUGCUCAAUCGGAGGAGGAGGCUGAAGGGACCUUCGAACAGGAGCGCGACACCGGCAAAGAAAGCGAGGGGAGAGGGUUUCCUCAAGAGGAGAGUGAGCCCCGCAGCUCAGAUUUCACCUGGGAGCCGGAAAAGGACGGUGAUUUCCCAACAGAAGAAAACGGCUGCCGUAGCAUUUCAGGUGGUGCUCAAACAGAGAGCGACGGUACGCUGGAUGCUAUCGAGUCAGGUGACCUAGAACCUGAAGAGGCUCAGAAGGUUUCUCCGUUGAGCAGCACGGCUGACCUAGGAGACGCUGGUUUGGAAGGGCAGCUGCCUCUUAGCCCGAAAGGAAGCCCAAAUUCCAGCAGCCCUCUUUCCUCCGAGGAUGAGGAGUCCCCCAACGUCACCCAAUCUCAUCCGGCUUCUGAUCCAGAACUCAGCGAAGGAGUUGACCCCGGACAGCCAAAGGAUGCUCCAGAGGUGAAUCAAAGCGGCAUGGACCACGCCGUGGAGGUGGUAGCAAAGAUUCCGGCAGAGGUCAUGAAAGACUCAGACAUUCUGGAGAUUGUAGAGCAAGCUCUGGAGUUUAACCAAGAGCUGAUGUUGGGUGUGAGGCUUUCAGAGCUGCAUGCUGAAGGGGAACAGCCGGCUCCAGGUGGGGGUGAAGCGUCCAACCAGACUCAGGAGGUUGGGAGAGGCGGCGGCGACUCCUCUCCUGCGUUAUCCGAGACGAGUGAGACUGAGGCUUUGCAGGAGACUCUUGUGACCUCCUCACCGCAUGCCAAGGACCUGACAAUAUCCAGCCACAUUUGGACGGAGAGCAACACCAACGGGGAACUGAAUGGGCUGCAUGAAGAGCAGAUAUUGAAUGGGAUCUCCGACCUGCAGCUCGUAGCCGAUCAGAACGACUGUGCAAAAUCCAGAGAGCAUGAGAUGAGCUCUUCAGGGGAGGAAUUCUUUGGGAAGGUCCCCUUCAUCCAGGAAUUCCAUGAAGAGGAACCCCUCUCCGAAACUCUGCGAAGCCAGAGCCCAUUGCAAACGCCAGACUAUGAAGAAGGCCACAGACCUGGAGAAGAACACUCCAAGAAAGGUCAGGUCUCCAGUGAAACCGACAACAGCAAAUUCGCUGACAUAAUGCAGAGCACUUGCAUGCAAAGACAGGACCUUGAGGGUCAAACCAUCUCUGUCUUAUCCCCUUUCGGAGAUGAUGCCUUUCACCUGGGACCCAGCCAGCAUCUGAAAUUCCAGCUCAAAGAUGAACAAGAAUCCUGGUCUUCAGAAGAAGACUGAAGGGAUAUGGAAGACACUCUAACCACAGACACAUUACAGCUGUUACUUCUGCUCAAAUGAAACCAUAUAAUUGUAGGGCAGAUGAGGGAUCUUCACCCCUGUUCUCCUCUAAUAGCUGGCCCUCUUCUAAACGUAUGGUAGGCAAUUUUCUGUUGACAAUCAGAAGCAGCAUGUAGGAAGUUUACCCUCCUAACACCAUUUUUUAAAUGAUUUUUAACACGCUUAUUUGGAUUUUCUUUUUAAACACUUGAGAAUUAAACCCCAGUGUCCUGUAGAAUGUAGCAAAAGGGACUCCAAGACUUAGGGUUCAGUUGUGUCCCGGUGGGGUACAAAGUUCAUGGAAAGUAACUGGGAAAAUUCAGCCUUUUAAGAGCAAUUUAGGAUCGGGAGGAAUGCUCCAGCCAGGGAAGGGGGUUCUAAUUAUUUUUUUCAUACAACAAAUUUCACAUUGGACGUGGCUUUCAAUUAUACUACAGCCCCUUUCUAGCACUCCGUAAGGAUACUUCACAUGCAUGGAAAGUCCCCAUUACACAAGCAAGUCUUAGGAGCAUUUUUCAUCCUCUGUGGCUUUUUAACUUCAGUCGUCGGGUUCGUUUGUCUGCUUUGCGUACCGAGGUGUUUCAUUUACAUUGUGUGGCUUUCUGAGACCUUCAAUGCCUUUUCUUUCCAUCUAAACGGCGACGGGCUGGUAGCUUGUGAAUGGGGAAGAUGACCUCGAUCCACGGUGAAAUAUAUGCUCACCGCACUUUCAGUGGUUACUGAGUUUUCUGUUUUCCCCCCCGCCAUGUCUGGCUGACACCUCUUUAGGACAGCUCUCCUCAUAGAGCAAGGAAGGUCUCCUCUGAGCGGGGGAUGUCUUCUCUACUUCCAGCUUCAGACGUGAAAUGCACCAGCCCGAGAGAAAUCACCAUGCAGAGUAAAAUAGGGCUUUUUCCCACAGGGUCCUUUUUUCCCCUUGAAACAGACGAUGCCAAAAAGAGUGUUCCCAGCAGUUGUAGUUGGGUAGUGGCCAAGACAACAAUACAGACUACAGCCGAGACAACCACUUGUGUCUUUGCCACUAGUUUGAGGGAGGGAGGGAGAAGGUCAGGAACUCAGCUGAGCUUGAAGGCAAACUCUUUCUAGGGCUUGUGCCUCCUGGUUCAUAACGCCUUGCUAGAUCUAUAGAGCUGAACCCCUUAUCGGCAGCGAUCAGCUAUGCCCUGUCUGCCUUGCGGGGGGAGGGGACACAUUGCGUGCUGGUGAGGUCUGCACAUUGACACACAGGGUUGGGUCCUCGGUCGCAUAUCCCACACCUUUGAAGUCGAUGGACCACAUCGCCAGUGGGUGGAUAGCAACAUAAGAACGGCCAAGCUGAGUCAGACCAAAGGUCCAUCUAGGCCAGUGCCCUGUCUUCCAACAGUGGCUGAUGGCAGGUGCCCCAAAGGGAAUGAACAAAACAGGGAACCAUCAAUUGAUCCAUUCCCUGUCACCCAGCUUCUGACAAACAAAGGCUAGGGACACCAUUCCUGCCCAUCCUAGCUAACAGCCAUGGCCCUAUCCUCCAUGAAUUUAUUUAGCUCUUUUUUGAACCCUGCUAAAGUCCUGGCCUCCACAACAUCCUUUGGCAGGGAGUUCCACAGGUUGAUGUGGGCCAUUGCUCCAUCAGAGCAAGCCAGAGGUUCAAAAUGGUUCAUUACCUCCCCUCCGGUUGAUCUAACAAAGACCCUGGAAGAAACCACCUCCUAACAUCCUUCCAUCCCACCAAUUAUGAACGGAUGGUGGCCACUCUGAUUCUUCACCCACGAAGGGAAAUAUUCUUGUGGACUUUGUCUAACUCCUUCACUGCUAUUCCUGAUCCAAGAAUGAGAUCUUUUUUCUUCCUCUUCCCCGUGCGGAGCAAUUAGUGAGCGUGCAGGGCUGUUGUCAGUUCUGGAAGGUGUGUGAAGAUGACACAGUGUAACCCAAAGAUGAACAGACUCCUGUCUGGGCGUCCGCAUGCAUUCUGGUUGCUUUGAAUCCUGACAAACAGCUUUGAAGCGGAUGUGUCAACCUGCCUCUCCCACUGAACUUUCUGCUCGGCUGCCGUGUCUUCUAAGCUCGUGAAGCCGUCUGGGAUGUGCCGGAUGAGUUGCACAAUGUAUUCUGUGCCUCGUCUGUAAUUUAAUAAAGCAAUUGUCUUCCCACCUCAA